CUUCCAUUCCCUUUCUGACACUCUCUCUACUUUCCCUCUCGAAUUUAUGCCUUCAAAAGCCCAUUGAUUUUUGUCUCUUAGAUGGAUUCUCUCUCCGAUUCCUUCUUAAUUUAGUAUUCCUAACAAUCUGUACGUAUAUAUAUAUAAUCUCUCCACCUUCGUUUGUUGUUCUGUGCUCCAUCUCUACAGUCUACAACCGCUUCAAGUUAUGGAGGCCGACGGUUUUCCGGCGCCGAAGGACGGUAUGCUACUGAGGCUAAGGUGUUCGGUUAAGAAUUACGAUUGGGGCCGCAUCGGCCGGGAAUCCGGUGUGGCGCGUCUGUACUCGCGCAACACCGGCGAGGAGGUUCAGGAGGAUACGCCCUACGCUGAAUUGUGGAUGGGGACGCACGAGUCCGGCCCGGCCUACGUCGUCGGAGCUUCACGUGGAAGCGCCGCGAAUGGACUCGUCAAUGGCGGCGGGAGAGAGAAAUACUCGCUGACUUUGAAGGACUGGAUUCAACGUAACCCUACUGUGCUUGGCGAUAAGGUCGUUAAGACUUGGGGCGCUGAUCUUCCGUUCCUCUUCAAGGUGCUCUCUGUUGCGAAAGCUUUGUCGAUUCAGGCUCAUCCGGAUAAGGAUUUGGCUGCUCGACUGCACAAGGAGCAGCCGGAAGUGUACAAGGAUGGCAAUCACAAGCCUGAGAUGGCUUUAGCGCUGACAGAUUUUGAAGCUUUAUGUGGAUUCGUUAGUUUUGAGGAACUCAAACUUGCUGUCCAAACUGUGCCUGAGAUUGGAGAAGUGGUUGGCAGUGCACAUGUGGAUCAGGUUUUACAUGUGAAUGAGGAUGAAGUGGAUGAGAAUGCAAAACCAAUUCUUAAGUCCUUAUUUACAAAGCUUAUGUCAGCUAGCAAAGAUGUGAUUUCCCAGGUUCUAUCCAAAUUGAUAAGCCGGCUGAAUAUUAAAAAUGAGGCUAGGGAACUGACUGACAAAGAGAAGCUAGUGUUGAGACUUGAAAAGCAAUAUCCAGGUGAUGUUGGUGUAAUAGCAGCAUUCUUGUUUAACUAUGUGAAACUUAGUCCUGGCGAAGCAUUGUACUUGGGGGCAAACGAGCCUCAUGCAUAUCUGUUUGGCGAGUGCAUUGAAUGCAUGGCAACCUCGGACAACGUUGUGCGUGCUGGACUUACACCAAAGAACCGCGAUGUCGAGACUCUUUGCUCUAUGCUCACAUACAAACAGGCUUUCCCUGAAAUCCUUAAAGGCGAGGCUUUGGACCCAUAUACAAAGCGAUACAGUCCCCCCUUCGACGAAUUUGAGGUAGACCAGUGCAUUCUUCCUCAAGCAGCAACAACAGCUUUCCCGGCAGCUCCAGGUGCGUCCAUUUUUGUGAUCACGGCAGGAGAGGGAACUAUGAGCACCACAUCAUCAAACGAGGCGGUUGCUGAAGGCGACGUUCUGUUUGCACCUGCAAACACAGGUAUCGCGGUCUCAACCACAUCGGGGCUAAGUUUGUUCAGAGCUGGAGUAAAAACGUGUGUUUAAUCUGUGAAUUUCAUAUAAGUUAUAUGGUGGGGGGGGGGGGUUCAUGUAAUAUACAAGUAUACUACAACAUCAAGUACAUUUCCCAGUUUUGUAUAGUCAAUUAUAGUAAGAGUUAUGAAUAAGGGUGUCGAUUCCAGAAUGUUUUCGUUAUCGUUAUAGCAAUGUAAGUUAAAGAACAGUAGCUCUGUUGGACCCAGCUCCAGCCAUUGUUGUUGUUAUCCAAAAUAUGAAAUAAAGCAUAAAUUAUUUCUCUUUUCAGAA